GGGGAAAAAGAGUACCAGGAAAAACAACCUAACUUCUAACCUUUACAUGCAGACAGAACACAGCAGGAAUUUACCAAACAGUAAGAAACAUAUAUCUUUUUUACGAUAAUAAAUAAGUUAGACUGUUGGGAGACAUUUCAUAACGAAAAGUACAGACGAUAGAGUAACUCACUAAAUAGGUCGAUAUUUAGAUACAAUACAUGGAUUUUACCCGUAGAGACCCCUUUGUCUAUUGCUGAAGAGGCGGUGCUUGAUCUGAAGAUUAAGGAUAUCUCUAGUUGACUAACUUUAACCAUGCAAACCGAAGUUAAACAGCACUUUUGUAUUUAAAAGAAGAAAGGGAUAAAAAAAAGUUCAGGAACAAUGAUGAAGAGUUUGAGUUAACAGAGUUUUAAGUGCUGCUCCCCUGUCCUCUGUUGGGCUUAAUAUAGCAUUGCAAUUAACCAACAGUUCUGUUGCCAUGGAUCACAGUGAUAACACAGAAAUAAUGGAAUACCGUGAUGACUCCACAGAGGAAAGCAAGAUGAACAGAAAUGAUGCUGAAGCAGACAAGUCCCUCUUCCAUGCCUGCAAUAUCUGCGGCAAGAGUUUCCCCUUCCAGAGUUCUUUGUCACAGCACAUGAGAAAACACACAGGAGACAAACCUUACAAAUGCCCUUACUGUGACCACAGAGCUUCGCAAAAGGGGAACCUUAAAAUCCACAUCCGUUCCCACAAGAUGGGGACUUUGAGCCAUGGUCACAAGGAGGAGGAGGAGGACCUUGGAGGGGGCCAGCUGGAGCCUGGAGUCUCAGACGUCCUGGAUAACUGUAACAGCUCUACCAAAAGCAUGUCAGCUUGCAAUAAGAUAAUGAACAGGGCGGCCAAGGAAGAAAACAGCAAGAUCCUACUUAGGAGCAUCAAAAAAGGCAAAACAGGGGGCAGUGAUGGUGGGAAGUCUCCCACGUUUCAGUGUUCAAUCUGCAAGAGGAAGCUCAACAACAAGGAGGACCUGGAGCAGCACAUCCAGGUCUUGCAUAAGCCCUAUCGGUGCCGGCUGUGCAGCUUUGUGGCACUGAGGGAGGACCAGCUUUUGAGCCACAUUGAGAAGGUCCACAUCACAGUGGAGGCACCCAUCCGGGAUGUGGUUGACGUUGAAGCUGUGAAAAGUGAGCAAGACACUGGAGAAGGAGACUUUUCCUGUGAAGUUUGUGGUCAGGUGUUCACCCAGGCUUGGUUCUUGAAGGCACACAUGAAAAAGCAUGGUGGCACCUUUGACCAUGGCUGCCACAUUUGCGGCCGUCGCUUCAGGGAGCCCUGGUUCCUUAAGAACCACAUGAAGUCCCAUGGCACAAAGACUGGGGGCAAAAGCAAGCCGAAGAGUGAUUCAGAGCCUUUGGCCACAAUUAACGAUGUGGUUCAAGAGGAGACAGCAGUGAUGAAUGGGCUGUGCCUCUAUGAGCUCUGCCCCAAGUGUGGAAACAUCUUCCACAACAGGGAGAGCCUCAGGCAGCAUGAUAAGGUUCAUACCCAAGCCAGCAAAAACUGCAUUGAAAAUGAAACAGCUAUUGAUUGCACAGCAGAGAAAAAUAACUUUUUCAUUGAGUGCCUGAAUCUUAGACCAGCCGGGACCUUAGAAAAUAUCACCGGCAGAAAGCUUGGAAAGAGAAUAGCAGAGCUUGAUCCAGUAAGCAGCUACCAAGCCUGGCAGCUUGCCACCAAGGGCAAAGUGGCUGAGGUUUCAGAGUAUGCAAAGUACAUUGGGUGGGAUGAAACCCUUGCCGAGGCAGAUGUGGCAUAUGACAGAGAGAAAGAGGAAUACAUCCUUGUAGGCCAAGAAAAGCGCAAACGAGAGCCAGACUCUCACACCGCAGGCAGUGGCAAGCGACGAAACAGCAGCAAUGUCAUCAGCAACAGCAGCAGUCGUAGUAGCUACCAACAGCGAGCUGAAAAAUACAACAACCUUUCCCCAGGAGACCUGAGCCCAGAGAGGCACAGCGACUCUGACUACAGGCCCUCAUCUCGCCAGAGCCGGAGGUCUUCCCAAAACAAGAACACAGAGUGCUUUGAGUGUGGCAAGGUGUUCCGCACCUACCACCAGAUGGUGCUGCACUCCCGGGUGCACCGCAGGGAGACGAGGAACAGCAGUGAAAGCAACAGGGUAUCCAGGGAGAACCGGUGUGGCUUGACCAGCGAAGGGGAGUCAGGCUCUGCCAGCCGACCCAGCACCCCAGGGUCAGCCUCUGUAGCUGAGGAUUCACCAACCUCUGCCAUGGUAGAAAAUGUGGCAGAGGAUAGCUCAGAGGAAGGCUUGCCAUUAACUCCAGAUGAAAAGCCAAAUAGGUGCAGAAACUGUGAUUAUGCAACUACCAGUUCCUCCUUGUUAAUGUCACACAUGAAAGACCAUCACAUGGGAGACCAGGAUGUUGCCUUUAAGUCCAGAGAUGCCAACCAUAGAAAUGAUACGUCCUUGGCUGAAUCACAAACACAUAGUGGUGACUCCUUACCACGGAACAACGUCAACGGGAACAUAGUAAAAAGUGGAGAAUACCCUAGUUAUCUGGAACUACAAACAGCUGUAAUGCAACAGAACUUAAAAUUUACAGACUCUUUUAAAUGCCUUGAAAAUACAAUAUCUCCCAGUAUGGAACAGGCCGUAUCCAACAGCAUUGUCAACCUUCGUACAUCAGCAGAAACACAGACAAAAGGUAUGUUGUCAGACAGCGAGAAAGAAAGGGUAUUACAAGAAAAUAAUGCAUGGGACAAACUGGCAAUUGACACCAUCCCAUUAGAUCUAACAUCUAAGUCAAACAAAAGUGACUUUGUGCUGAAAGAUUUACCUACCUCGCCCAUAGAAAAUACUUUGAUAAAGCACCAGUGUCCGUACUGUUCUCACACAACCCAUUACCCUGAGGUUCUGUGGAUGCACGAAAUAAUUGCACAUAAGGUUAGCUGCAACGCAGCUGCGCCCAAGUGGGUUCAGAGAAACGUAUUUAAAGGCCCGAAAAAAGAUUUAGGUUUCUCAAGCCGAAGGAGCAGCACAGGGCCUCCCUUAGUAUUGGAUGGCAAAGACUGCCAGCCUCUUCCAGUUACCAGAAGUGCCCGCACCCAGGCACCACCACGGAGCAGCUUGCAAGCACCAAAGUCAAACGCCACCACUUACAGCUCCAAUUUGCCUGGUACUUCCCAGGCAAGGGACACAGCAGCUAGAGAGGCUCCCACAGACUCAGGCCUACAUAACACAAAGCAACCGAAACUUAACUACCACAAGGGGCAGCAUGGAGUACUAACAGAGCAGUCGCACGGGAGGCCCAAAUUGGAAAUGAAUCCCAAAGUAGCACCAGCUGGAACCAUUGAAAAUAACUUUAUGGCUUCGCAUCGGCCACUAGCGACAUUCGGAGACAGACAGGAGAAAUGCUUGUUUCCUCUGGAAGGUUUAGGCUUUUCUGUCAAGCACGGCCUCUCUGAGCACAAGGUCAAAGCCUACUUCUCGCAACCCCCUUCCUAUCACUCACCAAUGAAAAGCAGGCAGGAAACUCCCCCAGCGCACGCUCAGAGGGAAUCUAUCAAUGAUCCUCGCUCAGUAGGAAGGAACAGCAUGGGAGGGAGGGUGAACAGCAGCUCACACAACUCUGGUUCCACAGGGUGGCCCCCUUCCCUACAAGUACACUUAAAACAGGAGCCUCUGCCCGAGGGACCCGAGACACACUUGGAUAUCUUAAGCUUCUUAAAGACCUGUAACACACAGGACUUAACCACCCUCUACCACUGCUGGGGCUCCAACAACCCCAUGCUAGAUCAGACAGGGAUGCUGAGGUCACAAAUACGACAAGGAGACUAUGUCUGCAAAGAAUGCGGGAAAAGCUUCAGUCAGACCAGCCACCUCCGGACCCAUGUGAGAUCCCACACAGGGGAGAGACCAUUCCAGUGUAGAUAUUGCCCUUACAGUGCCUCUCAGAAGGGGAACCUAAAAACACAUGUACAGUGUGUGCAUCGCAUGCCUUUUGACAACACUCAGUACCCAGACAAGAGAUUUAGACAACCCGGAAUUGUUGAUCUUAACCAACCUUUGGAUGAACAGAUGGAAGAUGUCCUAAAAGAUCGCAAACCGUCAGAAACAACUCUCCUGGACUAAGGAUAUUAAUUUAAAGAAAAAGAAGGGGGGGAAGCAAUAGUCUACACUGGCAUCCAUGACCUGAACUUAAUGAAGAUAUUGAAAAGGACUUAUUGAUGCAACACAUUUUGUUAGAUUGAAGAUUUGAUAUGAGAUUUGGUUUGAUAAUGGGUGUACAGCAUAUACAGUAUAUGUGUAUGUAUAUUCAGUAUAAAUAUAAUGACACUGUGAAAUAGAGCACAGUAUUCUUAAUGAUUUUCUGUUGUGUUUUGCUAGAUGAAAGCAGCCACAUUACUGCUUUUGUUUAUAGGUUAUAAUUUUCAUACAGAGGUGCAUGUUACAAAUUAUACUUACUGUACUAAAAAGGCAAUUAUUUACAGGCUGCUGUGGAUCACAAGUUUACAUUAACAAAUGUGAAACAAUGGCCAUUGCUUACUUUGUAUCUAAACAAACUUGAAAACCAUUGGGUUGGGGAACCCUAUCAAGAACUCCUGCAGUGUUUGAACAGCACACUUAUUAGAACUCACUGCGCUUCACCAGGUGUUUUAACCCUUACACACUGCGUUAAAAAAAAGAACAUUUAAAACACCAAAUCAAAAUGCAAACUGUUGGGGAAAGAGUUUUGGAAUGCCUGUAGAACACUAACAGAAGGACAUUUCUGUUCUCUCCUCAGGACUUGCAUAUUACACGGCUAGAUUCCAAAGCCUCCAUUCACAAAUACUGUAUGGUGGUACCACUUUAACAAGUAAAGCCUAAUUAUUAAAAUGUUCUAUAAUAUGAAGGGUGGACAGCACUACAGGAACCAUAAACACAGCAACAUUGCUAUUAAGUUUGUGAGGAGCAGGUUCAAAGCCUAGCAAUGGGCAGAUACAAAGAAAAUGUUCCGAAUGGCCUCAGCUGACUACUCCCAUCAUUAAAGCGUGUUGACUUUGUGACUAAAGAUCAACCUUUUUUUCAGUUUCCUUAACAGUCACUUGGUUCUUGAAUAGUAAUAAUAAUAAUAACAAAAAUCAGAUACCUCCUCUGCAAUAAAAGCUUUAUGAGUUUAUGACACAUUAGGACAAGAAGCCAUUCUAUAUAUGCAAUUAGAAAGCUAGUUUUAGUACAUUUAUUUUCUUCUUUUACUGUGACACUAUACUGAGUGUAACCGACUAAUAUCUUUACAGUUUCAGAAUUUUGCACAUGCGAUAAUGAGUUUUUUUUAUUAGUAAAAGUUACAGCUGCCUUGAGAGUUUGUGGGAAAAUGAAGAUUUUUGUAAGUGUUGCUAGAAGUUUUUUUUUUAUUUACUCUGUACCAUUUUGUAAAGACAGAAGCAA